AUGGCCAUCGCCGGGAGACACAGACACUAUUCUAUUUGGGAUGAUCGCUCCAGGGAAAAGGAGGAGCUACAGACUGUGCACGCCUCUGGCCCCGAGCUGCUGGAGCUGCCGGAGCUGGAACUGGAGCCGGAGCUGGAGCUGCUGGAGCUGGAGCUGGAGCUGGAACUGGAGCCGGAGCUGGAGCUGCUGGAGCUGGAACUGGAGCCGGAGCUGGAGCUGCUGGAGCUGGAGCUGGAACUGGAGCCGGAGCUGGAGCUGCUGGAGCUGGAACUGGAGCCGGAGCUGGAGCUGCUGGAGCUGGAGCUGGAGCUGGAGCUGGAGCUGCUGGAGCUGCCGGAGCUGGAGCUGCUGGAGCUGGAGCUGCUGGAGCUGGAGCUGCUGGAGCUGCCGGAGCUGGAGCUGCUGGAGCUGGAGCUGCUGGAGCUGCCGGAGCUGGAGCUGCUGGAGCUGCCGGAGCGGGAGCUGCUGGAGCUGGAGCUGCUGGAGCUGCCGGAGCUGGAGCUGCUGGAGCUGCCGGAGCUGGAGCUGCUGGAGCUGGAGCUGCUGGAGCUGGAGCUGCUGGAGCUGCCGGAGCUGGAGCUGCUGGAGCUGGAGCUGCUGGAUUUGGGCUGUGCUCAUUUCACAAACAUUCUCUGCUGCAGUGAUGCUUUGUUACGUUUCUGUUUUGCAUAA